UAGAUGAGCAGGAGCGGUGUGUUGAGAUUGGUAGCUGAAAGGCCUCUUCUUCAUGACUUCCGGCACCAAAACUAUUAAACGCCGGCGAAAAACUCAAAGACCGCACGCCAUGUGGGGCCUGCUGAGGCGGAGCAGCUCCUCCGGGUUCUCGUCGUCGUCCACCGCCGAGGAGGUCACCGCCGGCAUCGACGGCUCGGGCCUCGUCGCCCUCAUCACCGGUGCCUCCAGUGGGAUUGGGGCUGAAACAUGCCGAGUCCUGGUGAUGCGGGGUGUGUAUGUUGUUAUGGGGGUUAGGAAUUUAUCUGCCGGUGCACGCGUGAGGGAUGAGAUAUUGAAACAAGUUCCGUCUGCAAAGAUGGAGAUUCUUAAUCUUGACCUUAGCUCGAUGUCAUCCGUGAGGAGAUUUGCAGAGAUUUUCAAAGCUUUGAACCUUCCUUUGAACAUUUUGAUAAAUAAUGCAGGGGUUUGUUUUGUGCCCUUCAAGCUUUCAGAGGAUGACAUUGAGCUGCAUUUUGCAACGAAUCACAUCGGGCAUUUUCUACUGACUGAUCUUUUAAUCGAGAAGAUGAAAGUUACAGCUAUAGAAAGUGGCAAAGAAGGAAGGGUUGUGAUAGUUGCUUCUGUCAGCUACAGUCUCUCUUAUCCAGGGGGGAUUUGUUUUGAUAAGAUCAAUGAUGAAUCUGGGUAUAACAGAUUCCUUGCUUACGGCCAGUCCAAGCUUGCCAACAUAUUGCAUUCUAAUUUAUUAUCUAGCCACUUGAAGGAACAAGAUGCAAAAGUAAUAGUGAACUCUCUUCAUCCUGGAGCUGUCGCCACCAACAUUUUGCACCACUGGUGUCCCCUAUAUGGUGCUAUCCGUGCUAUUGGUAAAUAUUUUGUUAAAGGUGUUGAACAACACCACACUUCCUCUUGUUAUCAAUCCUGUCGAAAACCCGAUUGACCUCGCCGAGAAGGCUAAUCCCUGCAUACGAAUCGAAGAACAUAAGCAAGAACAAGGUAGAUUGCAACUUAAUAUGUAGAUGAAUGAUUAAGAUUUUAAAGUUGGGGUUUCACAAACCAAACUAGCGGCGAAACUUCAAUGGCAGAAAUAAUUUAAGCAAAAUCCAACUCUAAACUAUGACAACUAUUGAACAAAUAUGACUGAAGAUGUCCUAGGGUUAGUCUUAGGGCACACACCCCCUUGGGCUUAGCCCACAACUUAUAGAAGGAAUCUCUGUAAAUAUGAUUAGAGACGUCAUAAGGGGUGUGCGCCCUAGGACUAUCCCUAGGACGUCUCUAACCUAAGUCGGGCCUCUUGACAGCAUCAACUUCAAACGGAAUCUCUAGGGCGCAUACCCCCUUGGCUUGGAUCCGUUUGAAGUUGAUGCUGUCAGGAGGCCCGAAUCUGAAUCUAAAACAUGUAGAAUUUCAUCUAUUCCCUUCUAUGAACUAAAAGUGACGUGGUAACAUGGGGAUAAACUUUGGGAAGGAUAUUGGUUAGUCCCCAAUUAACUUCAUAGAUCAUUCAAUCACUCCGUAUGUCCGCUCCCCUUUCCUUCACCCAAGCAAGUUCCUCUACAAACGAGCACAUGCAAGACUCAUAGUAUAAUAGUGUUUGUUCAAAUAUAUGACAUGUAAAUCUUACAUAGAAAGCAUGUACCUUUGCUUGAUAAAUAUUUAAGGUAGCCAUGACCAUAUCUAAGCUAGUGAUGUCCUCAUCACCUACCACCACACCCACCAUCGCCGAGCUCGCUAGCGCCUGAUCCGCCGUAGCCAAGAUCCUUGAUGCCGGAUCCGCCGCUCCUGUACGCGGCCACCGCCAUUGAUUCCGUCGUCACGAUCACUUGAAGCUUGACACACCUCCACCACCCGAAGCAACCAUUGUCAUCAUCGAUCCGCAGCCCGAAGCAACCAUCGCCGCUGCUAGAAACCAGCUGUGCCUUCGCCCAGUGGUGGAUCCAUAGUGUAAGCAUUGGUGUCAGCGGACACCAAUGACUUCUUACUAAUCUCUUUGCUAAUGCACUCUAGAAACAAGAAUUACUCUCUUAUAUAUAUAUAUUGACACCACCAUAUUUCAGUAAUGAUCCCAAUGACUCUAUUUUCUGGAUCCGCCCCUGCCUUCGCCUCUCGUCGCUGCCACUCGGAGGAUAGGAGUGGGAUGAGGGAGAAGGGAGAGUAGACAGGACUUAGAGAAUUGAGGAGACUCAGACACCACUUUUUGUAGAGUUGGUGUUAUAUUAAACUUAUGAAGUGGCAAAAUCUCCUUGAAAAAUUUACUAAUUCAUAACCUUUUUCUGUUAAUUGCUCAAAACCACUCAUACUCAUACAUUCAAUGCUUAU